AUGUCUGAAGCGGGGCCGCUGCAGCCCGCGGCCCUGCCCUCGCGCUCGCCCGGCGCCGCGCCCCGCAGGAACCGCAGCUGGGGCAGGGCGGCGCGGCCGCCCGAGCACGCGCCGCGGGAGCCGCUGGAGGAGGUGGAGAUGCAGAUCGGCGACGCCGCCUUCUCGUUGACGAAGAUCCUGGAGGCCACGUCCGCUGUAUCGGCCCAAGUGGAGGAGCUUGCGACCAAAUGCUCAGAAAACGCCAGGUUUCUCCGAACGUGGCGGGACCUGCUCAAGGAGGGCUACGAUUCCCUGAAGCCCAGCGAGUAACGUCACCGUUGUGGAAAAGGCGGGAACCGCUGCUGCCCGCUGGGAGGGGAGUCAUCCCACAGCGUUUUCCUCCUGCUGGCCCUGCCUUGUGACUUGACAGCUUGGCUGGGAUCACACCGCGUUGCAUGCUGAUGUGUUACCGCACACUGUGCCUAGUGUUUUUUUAAACAACGUUUUUUAGCAAUUUCCUGUGAUGGUUUUAUCUUGUUUUUCAUCAGCUACUGCCCUUGAGCUAGAAGAGAGUUCUUUGGAAAAUACUUGAUAACUUGUAUGUGUAAGAAUACUAUGUAUAAGUUUCUGAGUGGAAUAACUUUGUUUAGGGAGAGUAGUCAGUUGUAACUUUUAAGACUCUUCCUUUGCACUCAGGUAACCUCAUCUGUGAAAUAACUUUCCUUUUUACUAAUAUAAGGGAGAUAAAGUUAACUUUUAAGGUACCUCUAGAACUCAGCAGUUGUGGGAAAGUGGUAUCCAGUGAAGAUACAUUGCCAUUUCACUGGACUAGAAGAAACUCUCUUAACCUCAGAGAAGCCUGUCAAAAUAACUUCUCUGUCCUUCUAUGCACACAUUUUUUUUUUCAGGUUGAGGAUGGGCUGAUAGGGAGAGUGAAGUCUUAAGUGCUACAGAUAAGUGACCCUAUUCCCCAGCUCACUGUUGUGGGCAAUAUUGCAAUACAUUUCUUUAAAGCUGCAUUUCUUUUACAAAGAAUUCAAUACUUGCAAACAAUGUUACACCUGCCUUCUUGUAAUAAGUACAAAGUGCCUUAUGCAGGAACCAUAAAUAUAGGUAUAGUAGAAAUGUAAUUGUAUUAGUUCCUAUUAGGAUGGAUUAUUUUGAAGUAGUAGUAUAAGCUUCCUUCAGUGAGAAAAAGUCUGUGAAUUGUAUUCUUCCAUCUUAAGGACAGCAACUUAUUAUGGUUUUGGCCUGUUGUAUCACCUGCCUCAAGCAGUAAUUUAUUGAUUAGAGUAGGCAUUAGAUUAAGCAGGACCAGAAAGAUGCCUGACCUGUAGUACAUGGCUGCUCUGAAAUGUCUGUACUCCUGCGCAGAGCACUGUGAAAAAACAAUGCUGAAAUGCAAGGGGAAGCUUCAGUAGACUGGGGCUGUACUUGUUGUGAGCCUAAGUUUCAGUGGUAGAAAGAUUUUAAAAGACAAACUGUAGUUUUUUU